AUGGUGCUUCAGGCAGUUAAGAAAGACCCACAUCCGUCUGCAUCAAGUCCUGAAGGACAAGCUUCCAAGGAAAAACGGGAAGAAGCCACUUUAAAUACCAACAAGCUAAACUCAGAAGGUAACAGUACUGUAUCAGGAGAGUCGCAAUCCGGCAUCACAAACAACAAUGCAGAAAAUCUUGAAUGGAAUUUAUUUUAUUACUUCGACCCAACAGAAAGAUUUAGAAACCUGGAAGAAUUCUUUCCAUGUUUUGAUGUAUGUUUUACCAAUGUUACAAAACUUCCAUUUCAUACUAGCCCAAGAGCUAUUCGCUUUUCAAAUGGCAGACUAGUGGGUAUCGUUAACGCUAAGUUGUUGCAAGAAAACGACGAAGGAGAGUUAGUCAAAUCGGUUAUACUGAAGGAGACGUCUGCUGACAACAGUAACUCUAGCAACCAAACUACCUGUCAGGGACUAGAACCGCUAAUUGAGGCCUAUGCCAAGUACUUUCCUCAGUUUCCAUUGGAGGAUCUUUUGCCGGCUCUAAACAAUUGGCAGGCGUAUCAAUCAAAGGCCGAGGGGCCCAGUCAUGUGGAUUAUUAA